UCUAUCAAAAGUCUUAAGCUGAAGUUCACAACUCGAUAACUUCAGGCCCAGGGACUUGAGUUGUUAUACCAGCUCUGCAGGCCAUGGGUCUAACAAACUUCACCUUGGUCCUAGAGCCACAUCAGGACGUGUAUUUCCCGGGCCAGGCGGUUGAGGGGCGUGUGAUGGCGGUGGCAUCAUCAGCCAGAUUUUGUAGAGCCGUCGAAGUCGAAUUCAGGGGGGACGCUGAAGUUAGCUGGGACGAUGUCAGCGAUUCAGAUGAUGAUGCGACCACCUACGAAGCAUCGGAACCAUACUUCAAAUUCAAAACAAACGUUUGGGAGCCUGACUCAUCUGGGAGGCUGCCUGCUGGCAACCACGAUUGGCCUUUCAAGUUUAAGCUGCCACUGAGCAUCCCGUCUUCGUUUGAAGGCCGCUAUGGCUACAUUCGCUACCGCGUAAAGGCUGUGGCUAGGAUCCGCUUAGGAUUUAACAAGGAGAGCGAAGUUUACAUAAGCGUCAACUGUCCUCUCGAUCUCACCCUGACAUCGGCUACGGCACAACUUCUGAUAGAGAAAGAGGACACGUCGUGCUUAUGCCGUGGCCCCGUCAGCCUCUACAUCAGUGGCCGUCGCUAUGGGGCGGUGGUGGGGGAGAAGUACAGAGUGAGGGGGGAGGUGGCGAACUACAGCAGAAAGAAGGUGGAAUCUACAAUUCUGUACCUCCGUCAGCGUGUGACGUACCAUUCGAAACGGCGUCGUACCUGUAAAGUGGACGAACGAGACGUGAAACUGUUAGAAAUUGGCUGCGUAGCACCAGGUGACAGCAUCGGCCUUCAAGACGAACCCUUCUUCGUACCAUCCGUCGUACCCGGGCUCCAGCACUGCCAAAUUAUGGACCUCAAAUACUUCCUUAAGGUGGUUGCAAGAUUCGAUUGCUGUAACGACGUCUCUGGCCAGGUAGAAUUUGUGGUCGGCACCAUACCCUUCUUGCUGGAGGGAGGCGAGGACGAUCGUUUUCGUAACUUUCCAAACUCUCCUAUGGCGCCCGCCUCAAACAACACAUCUUCAUUUCCUCAAGUGGAAACAUUCACUCCGGGAUCUUCUGAUUUGAAUCCUCCAUCGUUUUUUCUGUGCCCCAAUGAAGGCCCUUCAUCGAAAAUCAGUUCAUCCCUUCCCCCUGGUUCUGUACCCGUGGGAUUUCCUGAACCUGUUCCUCUGCAAAUCAUGCAGUUUCAAUUGAGUAAAUCCCUAUUUCAGCAAACACCUGCAAGUCAACACCCGAACCAGAGUCCUUCUAAGACGACGCCAUGUUAUUUCUGCCAGGAUGGACGCCCACGCAUGAACCGCAAAUGUCCUCCACCUUCCUAUCUGUCGUACUUGGGUUGCAUCUGAAUGGAAACACCUAACUAGCCAACACACCUAACUAGCCUUCUGUAAAUCAUAAAGAGUUACUGAUAGCUGGAUGACGCUAUAGUUAUUCAAUUUCGUCAAUUCAAUGCUUCUCAAUCAUAUUUCUUAUGCUUUAAUUCUCUUCUCAACUUUGUGGCUGACAGAAGUUCUAAUCACCAAGAGUUUUAUCUACAUAAAACAAUCUCAAAGUACUC